GAGUUCUGAAAAAUGAUGACGUGAGACGAUGAAGUCUUGCUGUGUUGUCACCAUCUGUUUGCCCAGGAACAAAGUGCUUCAAAGCAAACAUGAUGAAAUAAACAAGUUUCGAAAAACGGCAAGGCUACAUUACAUAAGGGCUCCAGAACUGAAGAUGUCCCGAUAAGCGUUUACGAAAGAAAUUUAAACCAGAGGGAAAUAGCGCUAUAUUAGUUUUCCUGAAUACGUACUGUAAAGUUUCUGCUUGAUUCGGGAGACUCUUGCGCAAUACUGUACAUAAGUGCGAGUGUCCCCCCACUGUGCGAGGAUGAACGUGGGCACGGCGCACAGUGAGGUCAACCCAAACACGCGAGUGAUGAACAGCAGGGGUAUAUGGCUCUCAUAUGUGCUUGGCAUCGGCCUCCUACACAUAAUUUUGCUCAGCAUACCGUUCGUCAGCGUUCCUGUGGUCUGGACCCUCACCAACCUCAUCCACAACUUGUGCAUGUAUAUCUUCCUACACACGGUAAAAGGAACGCCGUUUGAGACUCCAGACCAAGGCAAGGCUCGGCUUCUGACCCACUGGGAACAGAUGGACUACGGGGUCCAGUUCACCGCCUCUCGAAAGUUUCUCACCAUCACCCCUAUUAUACUGUAUUUCCUGACCAGUUUCUAUACAAAGUAUGACAGGGUCCACUUCAUCAUCAACACUAUUUCCCUGCUCACUGUGCUUAUCCCCAAACUGCCUCAGUUCCACGGGGUCCGUCUUUUUGGAAUUAAUAAGUACUGACGAGGUUUUGAUCUUCAACGCGAGGAUGUGUGGCCACUUACUCUGUGGGAAUAAAAAAGAGGGAAAUUUAGAGCUUCGUUGGAUGCUCUGCUGCUUUGUGGUCAAAGUGGCCAAACAAUCUGCUGUUGUAUCACUUUUAUUGAUGUUUUUUUGUAUAACAUUUAGUAGAUACAAACACAUUUGCAGAACCACCAGCAGAAUGCAGCAAAAGAGGGUCUCUGGAUAUGUUAGGACCACUCUCUAUUGAAACAGCAUUAGGUAUCCCAUUGGGAACCAUGUGUUAGAUUUCAGUCACUUUGGCAGAAAUGCUGCAUUGAUGCAAUGAAUCAGAUGGGACAAAAUAGGCUGAUUCUUAACUGUUUUGGGGUUUGAGUCAGCACUUCCCAAUGUUCAGCACAAGGUGUUUAGGAAGAGAAAAAAGGUACUGUGUUUCUGAAGAAAGUGUACAAGGCUAUUUUUAGCACAGGUGCAAAAGACUGGCUUCAGUCCCAUAGUUGGACAGUGUCAUCCUGUCCUGAUAAAACCUUUGCCAGACCUGUAUUUCAUGAUUUUAGAUUUUAUAUGCACAACCUGUUAAAAUGUUUUAUAUGUCAUAGUGUUUUUUUAUUGAGUAACAAAAAAGCUAGUUGGAUGCAUGUAAAAACCUAGAAAAGUGGCUUCUGAUGGGGAGAACAGGUACAAGGGAAUAUUGGGUUAGAUCAUUUUUCCCCUAAGAGAGAAACUGCAGUCUAACUGUACAUAUGACAUUUGGACCCUGAUAUGUUUCAUUGGACAUUUCAUGUCCAGGUCUGAGUGAGGAUAGAUUAAAUGUUAAAUGCAGUUUACUAAGGUACAGAAUAUUUGUGCUUAUCAUUGUUUACGGCCAAUCACAAUGUCCGUCUCACAAAGGCAGCAACUGAACAGAUAUUUUUUUUUUUUUUUUUUAAUUAGCAAUUUAAAGCAAACCUGCCUGUCAUAGUACAGAUUUACAGAUUUUAAUUUUGACCAGAUAUGUAGUUUGGUCUACAUGCAUUUUGCCUGUAAACAGCAGUAUGGACUGAUGACAGGCCCUGUGAUAUGCAUUUUGCAUGACAGUACUCUAAUGAGCAUAAUUUCUAAUAAUUAGUAAUUGUCUUAAUGUUUGUACCAAAAAGUUACAUUGGAAUGACGUAUGGUCUGUGACUAACCCUGCAGACAUAUUCCUAGUACUUACCAAGCAAGAUUAUCAAAAGGUUAUAUAUAUAAAGACUGCUUGCUUUUUUUGUAAAAUACAGCAUUUAAUUACUGUCAUAUUUAGUAUCAGUUUGUUAUCAGUGUCUCAGCUGUGCUCAGUGUGGAGUAUGUUUUAUUGCCCUCUCUUCAAUGGAAUGCAUUACAGUCAGGAGCAAUGUCUUAUCUAGCAGAUCAGUUGACCUUGGUCUAUAUUUGUCCCUUAUCUUAAUUUACUUUGUCAUAUUCUGUGUUUUUCAACAUUUUGUGACAGGUGUUUGUUUAUUGUUGACAUGAUCAGUAUUUGCAAUAAUACUUACUAAUAAUGUAUUAAUGUAGUAAUGUAAUAAUAAUGUAUAAAAUGUAUUUUGCAAAUAGCUUUAUUACAGUCGAUGAUUACUUCAUAAUUGAUUUGUUGACAGGGUACCUUUCACAAUUGUGUUUAAUGCAAUUGCAGAUCACCAUUGUGACAGGGCUGAUAUUAUGUGAAAAUGUUUUUUUUACUGUUGAGCUCAUUGGAUCAUCAGCUGGGCUUCAGUUCUCAUCAUUUGCAGAUGUUUUGUCUCUCAUUCGACUGGAUUCAUCAGUUGUAGCAAAUGGGAUGUUCCCUGAAAUUACAUUUUGUCCCAUGUUGUAUUAGUACAUUUACACUGAUACCGCAAACGUAGAAUCUUUAUAUUUUGGCAACUGUAAGAACAAGAAUUCUGGUUUGAGAAUUUGUCAUGUUGCUGGAACCGUGCUGCAUCUGGCCUUAUCAGCUGGCAGGAUGUUGAUGUCAGGGUUCAUGCUGAGUGAUAUAAGAGACUUUCUUUCUCGUAUAGUCAAGUACAAUGUCUUUUAGUUGCAGCAGAGCCUCUUGGACAAAUUGUCAGUUGUAGUACUGUUCUGCCUUCUCUGUUUGACAGGUUCUCCUGUUUACGUUCACACAGUGAUUGUGAUUGACAGGGAAUCCAUCGGCAAUUCACUAGCUGCACGGCGGGAUGCUGUGCAAGGUUAAACAGCAGGGAUAAUCUUAUCCUGUGACUGAUGUAGCGUAUUCAUCAGUUAAUGUGAAACAAUGCGCAGUAAUGAAUGAAUGAACUCUACCUGACAUUUUACAAUGAGCCAGAUGAAUGAAAACACAUUUAAAGGGACAGUUCAGCCAUAAAUAGAAAUUCUUAAUUUAUUAACCUUUGUGUCAUGUCAAAAGCUGAUUUUCUUUCUCAUGUGGUACACAAAAGGAUAUUUUGAGGGCUGUUUUAUAUGAUAAAAGUCAGUGGGGUCCAAAACAACAUUGGACUCCAUUAACUUACUGUAUGAUCCAAAUACAAAUCAUAGAGGUUUGAAAUGACACAAAGGUGAGUAAACGCUAGCAGUAUUUAAAUUUUUUGGAAGAACCGUCCUUUGGUCUAUGGCUUCAAAAUAGAUCAAGCCAGGAAACUGCCAUUGACUUCCUCCAGUUUAACGAAUGAGAAAAUGUACAUAAAAUAAGACAGUGAUGAUAUAAAGAAAGCACCACACCAGUAUUCUAGUGUGCAAUGUGAGCCAGGGCCGUGCUUUUUGUGUUGUUACCCAAAGCCAGCAACUUUUGAAACAUUGACUGGGUGAGAGUCCAUCAGAAUGGGCGAGAGUGAGGCCUCAUGUGUCAGUGUCAGUUCUUCAUUACUAGCUGCAGUCUGUGUAAGCUGUCUGUCACCCUGUCAGCACGUCUCUCCCCUCAGUAAGCAGAUCCAUUCCAAACGUGAGGUGCUUCCUUCCUUCUACACACAUUCUACAGUGGUUUACUUGGUCUUUUUCACUAGCAUAAUUUCAUAUGACACCCCAGAUGGUAUGUGUUUUAUUUUGAAAUAAUGUAGGUUGUGGUUUUGUGUUUAUUGCAUUACAAAUACAACCAGCCCUGUGAAGUCUGCACCUGUAGCAUUUAAGGUUAUAUAGUGAUAUUUGUACGAAGGGGCUAUCGGCAACAGGACCAAGUCACACUGAAGCUGACUGUUCUUAACUUCUGGGAAUAGAGAGAGAGUGUAUUGAUUAAUUUAGUAUGCAGUAUUUGUAGAUAUGUACGCUACUUUUCAAAAGUUUGGCAUUGGUAAGAUUUUUGAAAAAAGGCUCUUAUGUUUACUAAAACUGGAUUUAUUUGAUCAAAACUACUGUAAAAGUAGUAAUAUUAUUACAAAUUAUUAUUACAGUUCUUAAAUAUUAUUAUAGUUUAAAAUAACUUUUCUGUUUUUAUUUAUUUAAAAAAAAUAAUGUGAAGGUAAAGCUGGUAUUAAAGCAGCCAUUACUCCAGUGUUCAGUGUCACAUGAUCUUUCUGUAGCAAUGUGAAAGUCUUUACUGGCAAUUUUAUGCAUCCUUUCUUGACAAGCAUCUCCAUUUAUAAAAAAAAAAAAAAAAAAAAAAAAAAACCUUACUGACCCCAAACUUUUGAACGUUAAUGUAGAUGGAGUAAGUAACAGUUCAAUUUUAUGUUGGAUGAUGAUAACUUGGAUACUGAGAGCCAGGUGUAUUGGUAAUUACAGUAGUGAUGGUAUUUACAUAUUAAACAAAAGGUUUUGUUUUGUACUGCACUGUAUGAAAACAUAAAAAACAAAAAACGGAAAAGGUACUGGUCAUUUUCUGCCAGGACAUUAUCUGCAAACAUCACAGACAUUUCCUUCAACCUUAAAACACAAUGCAUCAUUUAAAAUACGGGUAAAACACCUGUGAAAAAAAGAUAUGCAGAAAAUUUUUUCUUAUUAACACAUUUUUUACAGACCUUUCUUAGAGUGUGGUAGAUGUUAAAAUAUUUACUGUUCAACUGAAAUGCUUUUGAUUAUCCAUUUAUGUAAUGCCGUUAGAAAUAAAAGUGAAUUCUAAA